UGGAAAGUGAACUUGGAACUGGAAUGGGCAGGGCAGCACACGGCCGCCUGCUCCUGCUGCCGAUGAGAUGAGUGUGUGAUUGAGGUGCAGUGCUGGACAAAAGCAAAACGACACCUUCCCUUCCGUCUUGUUUCGUCCCGUUCCCGGCGACUCCCGUGACCCUGAGAGGAGAGGCGACUAGGCGAGGCCAUGGCCUCCGGCACCGGCACCGGCUCCCGCCAGCUGCAACCCCCAGCAGCGGCGGCAGAUGCUGACCCGGGAGCCGGCGGCGACAAGCUCGUCUUCGAGGCGCCGCCGCAGCCCGUGAGGGACGACUACGUCGAGAACGCCGUCAAGUUCCUCUCCCACCCAAAGGUCAGGGGUUCCCCCGUCGUCUACAGGCGAUCUUUCCUCGAGAAGAAGGGCCUCACCACCGAGGAGAUCGACGAGGCCUUCCGAAGAGUCCCUGAUCCUCAACCCAGCACUACGGCUACCACUUCUCCACAGCAGCAGGUCAACAGCCAAAAUCAUUCCGCUGGCGUGCAAACUUACACUCCAGCGCAACCUGUGCACCCAGCAACUGCUGGCCCUGUUGCCCUUCGAACACAACCCAGGUUCAGCUGGUACCAAGCAUUCCUCGCUGCAGGGCUCUUGCUUGGUUUUGGUGCUAGCGCUGCUGUCUUUAUCAAGAAACUGUUCCUUCCUAGGCUCAAGUCUUGGAUACGCAAUGUCGUAGCGGAAGGUGAUGGCACUGAAGGCAACCAACUUAAGGCCAGGAUAGAUGAGGAAACAGCCGAGGCUGUAAAGGCCUCUGCUUCAGCUGUUUCUGCUAUUGCCAAAACAAACCAACAUCUGCUUGCUUCAAAGGAUGAAGCAGAAAAGAAGAUACUAGUGACGUUAACACAUGCUCUAGAUUCCCAAGCCAAGGAGUUAAAAUCCUUGACCGAGUCAAUCAGUCAUACCAGGGAACCCAUCAACAUUACUAGGGAUGAUAGGUUUUCUCAGUACCGCCCACUGGAAGACCACGCCCCUCCUGUUAUGAGGAAUGGGGCAAUUAACAGUUCAUGGAGGGCUUCUCAGCAAACUAACAUGUACGGUGCGUCAAACGGUGACUUUGGUUCUGCGAGGUCUUCAUUCGCGCCAGCACCUGUUGAACCUACAGCUGGAUCAUUUUCAAGAUCCUAUGCCGAGCAGACGAUGUCCACUACACAACGAGGGGAUAGGUCUUCUGGCAGUAAGCCAUGGGAGAUGCAGCAGUAUUCGCAACAGAGGCCUGGUUAUGGAUCCAACUCCCAGUUGAGUGAUGAUGGAUCAUACUCUGAUGCCCAGGACAGCUAUGCUCCUUCCUAUCACCAGAAUGGAAAGGCCCCUGAUUUUCAAGCAGAUGAACCUAGGCCUUUGACCUACAACACUGGGGUUGAGGAAAGACCGCCGCCUCAGCGCCGCUGGGUGCCCCCUCAGCCUCCAGGUGUCGUGAUGCCAGAAGCAGCUGCUGCCAUACGUCAACCAAAGACCCCUCCAAAGCAACCCUCCAGCAAUGCCUCUGAGGCAGCUGGUGAGGUGCAGGUGAAUGGUGCCUCAAGUGCAUCAGAUGCUGUGACUGAGGUUCCUGUUAAUGGUGCUACGGCAAGUGAUGCUGGACACAGCGAGAUCGAAGAACAAUGAGUGGCCGUCUAAGUGAAACCAAGACCAGCCAAUAACUGGGAAGCAAUCUAAGAGAGAUUCUGGAUUUCUGGUACAUCUGGGGAUUAGUCAUACAUUUCUGAAUAACUUCUGUAUCAGAACAGCGGGACAACCCGCAAGAUGGAUGCCAGUAAUAAUGUAAUAAGUAGCAGAUAGUUUAUGUAUUUAGGUUAAUGCUACACACAGGAGAACAUAUCAGUAAUAUUUCUAUGGUUGUUUGAUGGUGCUUAAAAAGCGUGCUUGUGAAUUAUUGUCCUUCGUUCAUGAUCUUGUAAAGACUAGCAAUCUCAAUGGACAAAAUCGAGAUGGUUAUUUGUUUGCUUU